GCAUUUCACGUGAAACUGAUGGCGUUUUGGUAAUUUCAAAGUGAAAAUAUCGUAAUCCUCUCAUCCACCAAACCCUCCACCUCUCCUCUCUCUCUCCAAAACCCUUCUUUCCCAUUAUCUGUUCUCUCUCUCUAUCUCCGCUGGCGAAUGGAGUCUCUCGACACCGCAGCGUAUUUCGUCGACGACCUUCUCAACUUCUCUUCUGACAUUGAAGAAGACCCUAACCAAAAAUAUCAAGAAAUACAAGAAGAGCAAAACCUUUCCCAGAAUGCCCCUCAAGACACCACAGUAAACGUUCAAGAAGAGGAAUAUUCCUUACCUGUUUUGGAGUUACAAGCAGAGGAAGAAGAACUUGAAUGGCUAUCAAAUGAAGAUGCUUUUCCAAAGCUCGAGUCUUUUGAACUCCCUCUUCAAGACCCAAAACACCAGAGUCCUGUUUCAGUUCUUGAGAGCAGCGUCGGGAGCUGCGGACUACGGAUUCCGGUACGGGCACGGAGCAAGAGAGGAAGACGAAAAUGGUGUGGGAUUUCAGAUUUUCUCAUCACAUGGGGUAGAGGAGAGAGGAAAUCGAUUGUUGGAGAUAUGAAAAGGAAGUGCUUGCAUUGCUUAGCAGAGAAGACGCCACAAUGGCGUGCUGGGCCGCUCGGUCCAAAGACGCUCUGCAACGCUUGCGGGGUUCGUUACAAGGCAGGCCGGCUUGUGCCGGAGUAUCGACCGGCGAGUAGCCCUUCUUUUUCCAACGAUUUACAUUCAAACUCGCACAGAAAAAUAUUAGAAAUGAGGAGAAAGAAACUGAAGGGAGUUGAAAAUGGAUAGUAUUUCAGGAAAAUGGAUAGUCUUUUUUCUUUUUUAUUUUCUUGUAGGAAUUUUAAUUAUUAAAAAAUAGUGGUAGCUUUAUUUA